CUGAACCUGCUAAAGUAAACAAGCCACCAUUGACUGAACAUCGUCUUACAAAGGUCCCAAACCAUGGCAAGGCAAGUGAUCUACCGACACGGGAGCCACUGCCAACUUGUAAACUAGAACCUGUCUGCAUAGAGGAAGAGGAGAGCCCAAUGGCAGUGUCGCCGGUCUGCCCAAGCCCACGUAGCAAGGGCAAAGAAUCCUCCAGCAGUAGCACAAUCUACAGCUUGGGCGCAAACCAGUGCUUUCACUGCCUGAUCACGUUCCCGGAUGAGAAGUUCAAGGCGCGGCAUAUGAAGCGGGAACACCCGGAGGACUUCGUUCAGGCCAAUUUGCGCGACACCCUCUUUGUCUGCUUUAUUUGCGACAAGGCCUUCGAGAGCUCGCGGGCGCUCAUCUGUCACCAGCGGGGCCACGCGCCCACCCCGCCCUCGGACUGCACAGCCUGCCUGCAACCCACCUUUGACUGCUCUGACUGUGGCCGCCGCUUUGGCCAGCUGGCCAACUACCAGCAUCAUCGCCUGGGCCACGCCGCCGGCCACAGCCUGCCGCACCAGUGCCCAGACUGCGGCAAGAGCUUCCGGCAGCUUUCGAACCUGCGUCGGCACCAAGCCUUCCACCAGCAGACGCAGCAGCUGCUUCCCUCCCGGCUUUAUUCCUGCAUGGAAUGCGGCGAGAGCUUUAACCAAGAGGCGGGGCUGCAUGAACACUACAUCCGUCACGCCCGGGGGGAGCUCUAGCGAAAGCUGUGGCCACGCCCCUCAGCUUCCUGGAUCUGGGCGGAGGAAGGAAGACAAUGCACGCUGCUGGGUGAGGAGCAAAAAACAGAGGGAGACGAGGAAUGGCACAGAAAGGGACCCUUCCUCGUCAGAAGGCGAAGGAACCCCAAGUUCCAGGAAGUGCCAAAACUGGUUGUGCCCCAGGGAUGAAGAAUGUCUGGUUCAGAGGAUGCUGAAGAAGUGUUUGCCCCUAGUAGGAAAUGCUGCCUCUGUAGCCUGAGCAAAAAGUAGAGAACGGGUGAUGGAAAGGGUGAAAACCGUCUCUCCUCUCUUUGAGGAGGAGGAGUUUGCAUUCUAUUCAUCUGAGGCUGUUCGGCCAGGAGGCUAAAAAGACCCCCUACACUGCUUCCUUAUGGCAUAUAGCCUUUCGGAUGGUCAUCUGUGAAUGCUGCACCUUUUCAGCAAGGCUUCUUGGGAGCCUGUGGCCUGCAGAGCAUCUCCCAUCUAGAUGGGAAAGAGAGGUCUCAGUGCGCAGAGGAAAGCAAGGGCUGUGUGUCUGUCUUGUGACUUGAUUGUCCCAGGCACACGUGGGGUUGGAUAACAGCGAAAUUCCACUGAGAGUCUUUAGGGCUGUAGAGGGGAAAUCGUGAAAGCAUGGCAGCGGCAGGGCCUAGCGAUGUCACAGGGAUCAGAGGGAGACUGGAAAGGGCUUUCUGGGCUGGGGUUUGGGCUUCUCUCUGCUGUUUCCUGGCCCUCCCCAAAACUCACUGAAGUGGAGUAAGUUUUCUUGGAAAGCAGAAACAGCUCACUUUGUCUGGAUGCAGCGUCCCGGUUGCAGAAUCUUGAAUCUCAGGAUUUGGGACGU